AUGUCGGGCCGUAUUGCUGGCGCCCAGUCGUCGACUUCAUUCAGUCUGCGACGAGUGAGACGCCUUCUGCGCAAGCAUCUCCUUAGCGUCAACCUGCUGCUCAUCUGUGUGCCACUCACAUUUAUCACGGCUGCACUACGAUGCCACGACGUUGUAAUAUCGCUGGUUAGCUUUUUGGCUAUUAUUCCUCUCUCGGCACUCGUUUCAGAUGCGUCGGACACUGUUGGCGAUCGAUGGGGUGCCAUCAUUGGCGGCCUGGUCAACGCCACCUUUGGCAACACUGUCGAACUGAUUGUUGGAAUUCUAGCAAUUUCUCACAAUGAGCUGCGUGUUGCUCAAUCCAUCAUGAUUGGCAGCAUCCUCUCCGACACCCUUUUGGUCCAGGGAUUUUGCAUUAUUGCAGCCACACGUACAAAGGGAGUUGUUGCCGUCAACUCGAGUGUCGUUGACAUGCUCUCGUCUCUGAUGCUUGUUGCGGCCAUGGCACUCGUCCUGCCCACUGCUCUCUAUGCCAACGUCAUCGAUAAAGGUCGUAACUUUGAAAAGACGAUCCUUUCUUACAGUCGUGCCACAGUUGCCGUAUUGUUGAUUGUUUACAUGAGCUACAUUUAUUUCCAAGUUAUUACCCAUUCGGAAAUGUUUACGGAAGUUACCGAUGACGAUGACCAUGAUGAUAUUCAGCACCUCGGUUCUACGGAUGGCACAAGUCAGAGGAGUGGAAGCGACUGUGAAAUGGCCAGUGAUGACGACGACACCCCCUCGAUGAGACAGGUUGGAAUUGCUUUUGCCGUUCUCAUUACAUCUGGCAUUCUCAUUGGCGUUUGCACGCACUACUUCAUGGAAAGCUUGGACGGGCUGACAGAGGCGUUGGGCAUCACCAAAGCCUUUGUUGCUCUGAUCAUCAUCCCCAUCGCUAGCAAUGCACCAGAGCUGUCCCAAGUUGUUGCAGCUGCAAAGAAGCAAAAGGUCGACUUUGCCAUCACCGUCAUUGUGGGCAGCAUCUUGCAAAUCGCACUGUUUGUGCUGCCCUGUCUUGUAAUGAUUGGAUGGGCCAUGGGUCGCCCCAUGGAUCUCUACUUUGAUUCAUCGCAGACAUACGUCCUGCUCUUUGCCGUCAUUCUUGUCAACCAGGUGCUGCAGGAUCGGCAUUAUACAUAUCUGCACGGAGUCAUGUUUCUUUGCGUAUAUGCAAUUAUUUCCGUCGCAUAUUUUAUCCGACAUUAA